UUUGAAGUUUUUUCUAGCAUUUCAGCAACAAUGAAGGUCCUCGCAGCCUGUUUGGUUUUCGCAGUCACUCUAGCGGUUGCUUCCGCUGCUUUGACAUGUAUGAUGGACAAAGAUAAGUGCGCAGAGGAUGAGUGCUGUGUUAGACUUGGACCAGCAGGUCGUUGCAAAAAACUUCAGGAGCUCGACAAACCAUGUGAAGUGCACCCCGGAAAACUACCGCUGAGGGACCACGUCUACUUAUUUAUGUGUCCAUGUGGAGCAGGUCUUAAAUGUGUGCCAAAGGACGGACUCGUCGGAAAACUUAUGGGUACUUGCCAAGAAGAUAGCGGUGAAGAGGAAUAAUGUUUUUGAAAUAGAUCUGCAUGUUGCUUCCAGCCAAUUGUAUAGACCAUUUCAAAGCAUAAUAAAAUUAUAAAUACCUCA